AAGAAGGAAGGAUCCUAAAAAAACAGAGUCCGCUUUUCAAAGUUGUCUCCUUUAACAAACCAACCCCACUUGACCCCUUUCUCCUCUCUAUAAAAACUCUUUCUUUCUUUCGUUCCUUCUCAUAUCAAUUCCCAUCACAUCUUUGGUGUCUUGCUCUGUUUCUCUUCUUUAACCUCUCUGUUUCUCUUGAUUUCGAUGUGUUUGAUUAUGGAAUCGGAUGAACACAACAGCGACGGUGAUGUUUUAGCCCCGCCGUUUAACUUCUCCAUGGUUGAAGAUGGAAUUUACCGAUCUGGGUUCCCUCGACCUGACAAUUUCACUUUCCUCAAAACCCUAAAUCUUCGUUCCAUCAUUUAUCUGUGUCCUGAACCAUACCCAGAGGAGAAUCUCAAGUUUCUUGAGGCUAACAACAUUAAGCUUUUCCAAUUUGGUAUUGAAGGCAAAACGGAUCCUCCUACUCCUAUGCCCAAAGAUACAAUUUUGGAUGCUCUCAAAGUCUUAGUUGAUGUAAGAAACCAUCCAAUUCUCAUUCAUUGCAAUCGGGGAAAGCAUAGGACAGGUUGUCUAGUGGGAUGCUUAAGAAAAGUUCAGAGCUGGUGCUUAUCAUCGGUGCUCGAGGAAUACCAGAAGAACGCGGGUAUAAAGUGGAGACAAAUGGACUUGAAUUUUAUAGAGGCGUUUGAUACAGUGAGCUUGAGAAAGUGUCUCUUGAGCAUCAUGUAUCGCUAUCACGGCAAGAGGAGGAGGUUAGCGUAUGAAGAAGAAAAUGUCCAGACACCUAAACCGCAGGCUGCUAAAGUUUAAAAAGAGAGCAACCAAGUGCCGAUAUAUCUCAGGUUUUAAUAUUGAGUUCCGAUUCAAUGGUGACUGGAUGAUUCUUUUAGGAGGAUAUGUUUUAAUUAACCGCAAAGUCUACAAAGUUUGAUUUUUCUUUUGUUUUUUUUAUAAGAAAUCGAAAUGUACAGAUAGGGUUAUUCUUCAUUACAAAUUGUUGCAGAAGGGGUUGUUUUAACUUUGAUGAAUGUUUAAGUUGUAAAAUUAAAAUUAAAA